AACAGCUCCAGCACGCGAGUGGCGGCGAGGAGAAGGCAUGGACCAACAGAAUCACCAAGGUAAGAUGUCCCUGCAGGCCUGGCAGAAGGAGAUGGGCAUCGAGCUGGUGCAGAUCAACGGGCAGAGGCGCUACGGAGGGCCCCCCCCAGGCUGGGUGGGCGGCCCCCCGCCGGCCGGCACCGAGGUGUACAUCGCCAGGCUGCCGCAGGACAUCUACGAGGACACGCUGAUCCCGCUGUUCCAGAGCGUGGGGAAGCUCUACCAGUUCCGCCUGAUGCUCACCUUCAGCGGGCUGAACCGCGGCUUCGCCUACGCGCGCUACGCCUCCCCGCAGGACGCGCGCAGGGCCAUCGCCACCCUGCACCGCUUCCCGCUGCGCCCGGGCCGCGCCAUCGUCGUCUGCUGGAGCACGCAGAAGCGCGAGCUCGUCGUCCGCGGCCUGGGCGUCUCGGUGAGCCAGCAGGAGCUGCUGGCCAGUCUGCAGAUGGUCACUGAGGGGAUCCACAGUGUCACCCUGCAUGACAGCCCUUACCAGAGACAGGCCAAGCUCGCUGUGCUGAAGUACAAGUCGCACGAGGCUGCUGCCCAGGCCAGGAAAACCCUGAUGGAAGGGAACCUGAGGCUCGGGAAAGCAGGGAUCAGAGUGGACUGGCUGGACCCCCAGCUGAAGAAGAAUCUGCAGCUCUGUAAGGAGAAGCCAUUGUCCGGCUGGCUGCAGGGAGGAGAGAGCCUGGCAGUGCCCGAGCCAGUGGCCCCGUCUCUGCCACUGCAGAGCGUGCUGAGGAGCCUGAUCAUGCUGUGCUACAAGCAUGGCCUGAGGACACCCGUGUUCUCAACCAAGUGUGUCCAGGUGAACCCCGAUGGCUGGAAGAAGUUCUGGUGCCAGGUGUCGAUCCCAGGAUUCGGUGUGCCCGUCGCGUGCUUCACGUGGGUCUUGUCGGACAGGCAGGACCAGAGCGAGCAGGACCAGGCCAAGGUGGCAGGGGCCCUGCACCUUCUCCAGCUGUUAAGGGAGGCCUUGAAGAUGUGCAAGCUGAUAUAGGCAGGCGCUCUGCUGAAGCCACGAUGGAGCCUGAGCCCUGCUGGGCUGCCGGCCCUGUUCCAGCUGUCCUUCGGGAUGUCUGCAUCGGUUUUGAGAGCUGGCUCUGGAGGAUAAAGGCUGCUGCCCUGUUCCGUGGCAGCCACCCUGUCCCCAGGCCGCUCUUCAGUUGGUUCUCGUUUUUGGUUGUUGUUUCUGCCAAGUUUGGCUUGUUAAGCUGGUUUGUGUUGUGUUGGAGGGGCAGAUCCAGGAGAAGCAGCAGCUCUUCGGAGGAGGUGCCAACAUCAGAUUCCAUUGUCAUGAAUUCCUCUACUGGCAUUCCUGGUUCCUGAGGAAGAGCCUCAGGGGAGGAGAAGGCCACAAACAGGGAGUGUGGAAGUGGUCACAGACAUUCUGUGGGCUGGUGGAGCGGCUGUGUGAGGAGUGGAGUGCCUGUAACCUCUUUGCAUAAUGAGGAAGCAGCUGUGGGGUUGCCAGCUGACCAUGAAUGAUUCCUCAGGAGUGGGAGGUCACAUGUUCUUUUGGGAAUAAAGACUUCUGGAAAGCAC